GCAGGGGAUGCAAGGCUGUGUAUAAAUACCGGCCUCCCCCACAGUUUGGCCUCGUUACGCCCUCUCGACAAGCCACAACCUGACAAUCCGCGUGUGGUAUCUUCACGCCACGUGCUAGAUACGCACCAAGUUUCUUGGACGUAGUGCCUUUUUCACGAAAAGCGCGAAAUCUGAGGACUUCCGGAGGUCGCUCAUACUCACAACCCGCGUCAACUAACCUGUCCACUCUUUACAAGUCUCUCCGUCGCUCGUCACGAUCCCUCUCUUCGGUCAAGAUGUUCGGAAAACGUUCGUUUGCUAGCUCUAAGGACCGUUCGGGCAAGAUACAGAAACAGCCGAAGAGAUCGUUUCGCGAUGCUUCUGAACUGAAGCAGAAGCAGAAGAUGGCCGAGAAGCUGGAUGUGCGCAAGGAUAGCCCCAUGGUGAAACAGGCGACCUCACCGAGCCUCACCUCUGCCAUCGUGACAGUCGUCGUGGGUCCCGACCAGCGACUGUUUGCUGCACACGAAGACGUCCUGUCACAUGCCCCGUUCUUCGCGCAAGCGUUGCGAGGCCAGUUCUUCGAGUCCGCCAAUCGACACAUCAACCUGCCUACGGAGGAACCCGAGGUCUUCUCCUGCAUCCUCGAGUAUCUAUAUAAAGGCGACUACUACCCCCGCCUGGUCCAUGACAGGCGCCGUCAGACCUGGAUGCUUGAGGGCACAGUAGCCUCACCCGACCCAAACAAAACCAGCGACCGCGCUGCCGCUGUCGAGUCAACCUUCCUCCAUACCGGUGUGAGUGACGUUAUCCUCCGUGACACAGCCGUGUACUGUGCUGCCGAUCGCUACGGCCUCGAGGAGCUCAAGAAGCUCUCCCUGCGCAAGCAGGGCCUGCAGAGCGGGAUCGAGGUCGGCGUGAUCUUGCGCAGUGCUCGGUAUGCCUACGAGAACACACCAGACAAUGACUCGAGGCUGCGCGCUCAUUACCUCGCUCUGAUUAUUCGCAGCCGGAAAACAUUCAAGCGUAGUGGAACCAUGCAGAUGGAGAUGGAGAUGGGGGGGAAACUGUUCUUUGACCUGUUCGUGGCGAUGUGCAACCAUGUCGAUGAUCUCGUGGACGCGAGCCCCUCCGCUCGCGGCACUCCCAGGACCAUCUAAGGUUGCCUCGACUGCCUCUCGUCAAGCACAGCUGCAAACACACACCACACACCACACCACUUUGGAGUACCAUUAAUUUGACCCACUCUCAACUCCCGACGAACAAUCACAAAUUGCCAACAAGCGACAACGCAUCACGCAACUCGCUCAUCGUCAUCAGUAAAACAGAAAACCCAGAAAAAUACGGAUAGGACACGACUCCUCCCCUGAUUUCUUCGGCGUAACAUCGACGGCCCGGCUGGUUGCAAUUAUCCUUACCCCCUCCCCUCCUCUCAUUCUUCUCUCCUCCCCUCUUACUGUGUCUGCUACCCCCAUCACGCUUCUAAUAUUCUUUUUGAACGACCUCGCAACGAUUCUCCAUUCCC